AUGCACCAUCCAUUCCAGCCUGCUCAUCCCACCUUUCCUCAAAACACUACACCAACAGCAUUCCGCGGCUCCCAGCUUCGCCUCGAAGCCCCUAAAUUCGAUGGCCAAGACCCCACUGGCUGGCUUUUCCGUAUAUCAGAAUAUUUCGACUUUUAUGCAACAGCCCCAACUGAGCGCCUUCGCUUGGUCGGUCUACUCCUCGAGGGCCCGACAUCUGAAUGGUUUCAAUGGGUUCGUAACAACAUCAUCCUUUCUUCUUGGGAUGAUUUUGUGGCUCAAGUCCGCCUCCGCUUUGACCCUGGCCACUUUGAAGAUUAUUUUGGGGCUCUCUCCAAACUGCAACAAACCUCCACCAUCCUCGCCUAUCAAACAGAGUUCGAACGGUUGCUCAACAAGAUUAGCGGUGUCGCCGAGCCAGCUUUGGUCUCGGUAUUUAUUGCGGGCCUCAAACCUCUCCUGCGCCGCGACCUUACUCUUCGUCGGCCGACUUCUCUAGCGGCGGCUUUUGCCUUGGCUCGUGAGCUCUCUGCUCAAUAUGUGGAUACCAUUUCUGCAGCCACUACUCCCCAAUGCCGACAAUGGUCUUCUGCAACUAGCUCCACUCCUUCACUAUCCUCAACACCACCACCUACAUCCAGCACCAAUCUGCCACUGCCUUCCACUCGAUCUGACCGCCCUAUUCGGCGCCUCACCACUGCCGAAAAGUUAGCUAAAGAUGCUCAAGGCUUGUGCUACUGGUGCGAUAAAAAAUGGCACCGAAAUCAUCGUUGUCAAUCACGGUUGCUCUUGUUUGUUGGUGACGAUGAUGAGUCCCUGGACUCCUCUACUCCGCUGGACCCUUCCGCAGAUGAUAUUCCAAUCGCCGAUGUGUCCACCUUGCAAAGUCUCUCGGCCUCUUCCAGUCCACGUUCGCUCCGCCUCACCGGCACUGUUAUUGGCUCUCCAGUGCAAGUUCUUAUUGAUGGCGGAAGUACGCACAAUUUUGUCCAUCCUAAUAUUGUGGAGAAACUCCAACUACAUGUGCAGCCCACUACCCCAUUUCGGGUCUAUGUAGGAAAUGGAGAUUCUUUAUCUUGCACCAACCAAUGCCUCGAGGUCCGCCUCCAUAUUCAAGGGUACGAGUUUCUGGUGGAUUUAUUUAUACUACCCAUUCAUGGGCCAGGUAUUGUGCUCGGAGUUCAGUGGCUCCAAUUGCUCGGGAGAGUGACUCAUGACUAUGCCUCUCUAACCAUGGAAUUCACUUGGCACGACUCCCCAGUUUUGCUGCGUGGUGAUACAUCUCCUCUGCGUCAGAUUUCGAUGAAUCAUUUAUUUUCAUUAGCAGAUGCGGAGUCCCUAUCGGCCUGCUAUGAAAUUGUUGUGCUUCCUCGGUCAGCACCGCAACUGUUGCAGCCUUCAGAUCCCCCCUCUGAUCUCCAUCCCUCCGUUCGUGAGGUAUUGCUUGCACACGCCCCAGUUUUCAGUCCUCCUCAAGGAUUACCGCCGCGACGCCUAUUUGAUCAUAGGGUAUUUCUUAAAACUGGUACCUCCCCGGUUCAUGUACGGCCAUAUAGAUAUCCUCAUUUUCAGAAGUGUGAAAUAGAGAAAAUGGUUCAAGAAAUGCUGGACCAAGGGCUUAUUCGUCCUAGCCGCAGCCCAUUCUCCUCACCCGUUCUGCUCGUUAAAAAGAAGGAUGUCACAUUUCGCUUCUGUGUGGAUUAUAGAGCCCUUAAUGCAGUCACCGUACCAGACCACUUUCCAAUACCUACGGCUGAUGAACUCUUUGAUGAACUUGGUGCGGCGUAG